AUGAGCCUGGAGUGGAAGGUCCCGCUGAGCAUGCGGCUGCGCCACCCUCCGAGCGGCCCAGAUGCCCUGGCGGACUUGGGGGCCUGGGGCGCGGCGGUGGGCCGCGCCGUCGGCAUGGGCGAUGCCGCCGCGGAGACGGACGUGCCGCCGCCUGAGACGAGCGUGGUACUGGACGAGGGGAAGCAUCGCUGCGAGCUCGUGGCCUACGUCAGCAAGGGCGGCUGGGUCAAGGACGUGCGCGUGCGCGGGCCGCUCCGCGGCACGCGCCGGGAGGCGCUCAGGGACUGCCUGGAGCUGCGCAAGGCGGCGGCGCAGUGUGGCGACGACGCCUCGCUGCACGAGGUUCGGGACAGGCGGCGGCAGCUCGAGACCACGCAGUGGACCGAGAAGGACCUCGGCGGCCGGCAGCUCGAGGGCGCCGAGGGCCGCGCGGCCCCGCGGGCGAGUGCCAGGGCGCCGAAAGCGAGGUGCCUCGCGGCGCAGGGGCCCGCGAGGGUGCAGGCGCCGGCCGGCGCGCCGGCGGCGCCGCCGCCCGAAGUGGUGGGCCGCGGUGGCUGGACUGCCACGAAAAUCCAGCAGAGGGUGGCCGAGCUCUCCGAGGCGCACUCCCUCGACCAGAGCUCUCACGACAAGCUCGCCUCGGUUUUCGCGGAGCGGCUGCGGCGGGGCUGCGACCUGGAGGUGGACUUCGACGAACUGGGGCAGCACCUGGCAGCCUCGAACAAGCCCUCGGCCCUGGUGAGCAUGAAGCUCGGCGACCUCCGGUCUGGCCGGCAGAUCGGGCCCUGCAAGUUCACCGGCGGCCGCAAGGACGCGGGGUCCUCGAGGGAGGGCGGCAGGAGGUACAUGGCGGCGCAGGUGCUGCAGACUCCGUCCCAGAGAGCCGGGCUCAAGCCCGUCGGGCCGGGCUGGAAGAGGGCGGGGCAGCUGUGCGCGUUGCCGGAGGGGGAUGGCGACUGGAUGAUCCACGAGCGGCAGGAGCAGGGGGGCAAAUACCGCCCCUGGCUGUUCUUCAACUCCAGCACGGGUAAGUACUUCCAGGAGAAGGCCAGCGGCGACGGCUACAUGGAGGUCGGCGUGCCCCACGACCCCCAGGAGCAUGAGCUGCAGGUGCGGGCGUCCAGCAGCAGCGCCCCGUCCAGGGCGGGCAGGAAGCUGGACAUGGCCGUGCUCCUGCCGGAGCUCCACAAGACAGGCCUCGUCCUGAAGCAGCCUCUCGAGUUCCUGGACCGUCCUGCGGCACUCUUCGUGCUCUGCGACGGCCUGCGCGGCUCCGGGGCGGCCGCGGAGUUCUGCGCGCGGCGGCUGCACGCCCUGCUGCUGCCGCGGCUGGGCGAGAGGGCCACCGAGUGGGAGGAUUUCGAGCUCGCAGGCAUCCUGCAGGAGAGCGUCGAGGCGCUUGACAGGCUGCUCCUGGACGCCCCCGCGCGCUUCGCUGGCUGCGGCCUGGCCGUCGCGCUGCUGACGGGGAGGCGCCUGGUCGUGGGCGCGCUUGGGGCGACGCGCUGCCUCCUGUGCACGGCUCCGGAGGACGCUGGGGCCCGCGGCGCCAAGGCCACCGCGGCGGGCUGGGCGUGCCGGCUGCUCGCGGGCGGCCCCGAGCACACCGCCGCCGACCGCGGGGAGUGCCUGCGGGUGGCCUCCACGGGCGGGCCGCUGCUGGGCGCCGUGGGCGGUGGGCUGCUGCACCCGCGCAGCGCGCCGCAGGCGUGCCUGGAGGCCAUGGCCGACGAGCAGGAGCGGGAGCUGCUGAGGGUGUCGCGGGCCACCAGCCCCUUCGCGGCGCUGGGCCUGGCAGCAGCCGAACUCCAGGAGGGUCCCGCGGGAGUCCGGCGCAUCUUCCGCAAGCGCUCGCUGGCUGUGCAUCCGGACAAGGUGGCGGAGGCGAGCAGGGCGCGCUCCGUGGCGGCGUUCGCCAAGCUGGAGGCGGCCUGCUCGGCAGUGGAGGCCAUCUUGCAGGUCGACGCUUCCGCCGCCGCGCUGGUGGCUGAGCUGUUCGCGGCGCAAGACAGCGGCUCCCCCGAGGCCGACCCCGCGGCCGCGGCGCGCCUGCUCGGCCUCGGCGAGGGCUGCGGGGCGGCGGCCGCCAAGGAAGCGGCGCGGCGCUUUCUCGAGCCGUUGGGCCUCCUGCAGGACGUCUGCCCGCAGCUCGUCCGGCAGGCGCUGAGGAUCCUCGAGGGCGCGGAGGCGGCCGUGGCGCGCGGGGUCCCGGCGCUGUGGACGCCCGCCGAGGAGGA